AUGUUGGCGGGAAGCAAUGCGCGCAUUUUGCGCUACAUUGUUGUUGCCGGCAUUAUUCUGAUAUUCUUCUACCACUUCUCCGGCUCCCGCUACGAUACCCUCCCGCGACCGGUCCCUGCCCCUGACCACGCGCAAGCUGCCUCGCAACCGAGUCCCCCAAAUGACGAGGCCACUACCGCCGGCCGUCCUGUCGAUUCCACGCAAAAGUCCAUACCUGCCGACCGUGAUCGCCCAAAUUCCGGAUUCCCCAAGUCCGUCAGUGCAAGCACCGAUGCCGCCGCGUCUACGCUCGCCGACAUCGACCCUGGGCCGCGUGCCAAUGCCACCUUUGUGUCACUCGCCCGCAACGCCGAUGUAUGGGACAUUGCCCGCUCGAUCCGCCAGGUAGAAGACCGCUUCAACCGCCGCUUCAACUACGACUGGGUCUUUCUCAAUGAUAAGCCCUUUGACGACAACUUUCGCAACAUCACUUCGGCCCUCGUCUCCGGCACCGCACGCUUCGGCCAAAUUCCCGUCGAGCAUUGGUCGGUGCCAGAUUGGAUCGACGAGGACAAGGCCACAAAGGUGCGCGAGGACAUGAAGGAGCGCAAAAUCAUAUACGGUGACUCGAUGAGCUACCGCCACAUGUGCCGCUUCGAGUCGGGCUUCUUCUUUCAGCACCCCAUUAUGAAAAACUACGACUUUUACUGGCGUGUCGAGCCAAGCAUCGAGCUUUUCUGCGACAUUGCACAGGAUCCAUUCCGCUUUAUGAAGGAGAAUGGGAAAAAGUACAGUUUCACAAUUAGCCUGCUCGAGUAUGUCGACACGAUCCCCACGCUCUGGGACAGCGCCGUCAAGUUUAUAGAAAACUACCCGCAGCACGUGGCUGCCGAUAACUCAAUGGAGUUUCUGAGUGACGAUGGUGGUCAAACGUACAACAUGUGCCACUUUUGGUCCAAUUUUGAGAUUGGCAGCCUCGAGUGGAUGCGCAGCGACGCCUAUGUCGACUUUUUCAACUCGCUCGACCAGGACGGCGGCUUCUUCUACGAGCGCUGGGGUGAUGCGCCCGUGCAUUCGAUUGCUGCCGGCCUUCUCCUCAACAAGACGGAACUUCAUUUCUUCGACGAGAUUGCCUACUUUCACAUGCCCUUUACGCACUGCCCCAACGACGUGCAGUCGCGGAUCGACCUCAAGUGCCACUGCAACCCCAAGGACAACUUCGACUGGAGCAGAUACUCGUGCACCUCAAGGUACUUUGAAAUGAUGGGCAUGCAGAAGCCCGACGGCGUGGAUUGA